GUUGUCGGUGGGGCCUUGAAUAGCGGUGCACCGUGUGUGUGUGUAUUUUGCUCCUGCUUCGCGCACGCGCAUUCAGUAGCACCGUGUGCGCACUAGGGUACGAGGUGAUUUUACUCUCUGGUGUACACUUAAAGGAGACACUUUUUCCAUUUUAGUUGAAGUGCUCACUGAGAAGACUGCUGUGAAAUUACUGGGAUUUAAGAUUGAGAUCUCUUCAACCUGAUUGAAAUAUUAUCAUCUGGCUGUCUUCACACUAUAAAUCACCACAGAGGAAUUUGUGCAGAAUGGGCAAGGAGAGUAUUCACUGCUCACUGUGUGGGAAGAGUUUUUUAACUCGGACUAUACUAAAAAUACACAUGCGCAUUCACACUGGAGAGAAACCAUAUUGCUGUUCAGAAUGUGGAAAGAGUUUUACACAACUAAGUCACUUAAAUAGACAUCAGCAUGUUCACUCAGGAGAAAAGCCAUAUGAGUGCUCACACUGUGGGAAGAGUUUUAGAGACAUGGCGGAUUUAAAAGUUCAUGAGCGCGUUCACACAGGAGAAAACCGUCAGUACUGCUCAUACUGCGGGAAGAGUUUUAGAGACAUGCCGGAUUUAAAAGUUCAUGAGCGCAUUCACACAGGACUGAGGCCAUAUGUUUGCUCACACUGUUGGAAGAGUUUUACACAUUUAAGUACUUUAAAAGUUCACGAACGCAUUCACACAGGAGAGAAGCCAUAUCAGUGCUCACAGUGUGAGAAGAGUUUUGCAAGUGCAAGUCAUUUAAAAAAACACCAACGUAUUCACACAGGAGAGAAGCCGUAUCAAUGCUCACAGUGUGAGAAGAGUUUUGCAAGUGCAAGUUAUUUAAAAAAACACCAACACGUUCACAUGGCACAGAAGCCAUAUCAGUGCUCACAGUGUGAGAAGAGUUUUGGAAAUUCAAGUCAUUUAAAAAGACACCAACACAUUCACACAGGAGAAAAGCUGUAUCAGUGCUCACAGUGUGAGAAGAGUUUUGCAAGUGUAAGUUAUUUAAAAAAACACCAACACGUUCACACAGGAGAGAAGCCACAUCACUGCUCACACUGUGGGAAGAGUUUUGCACAGUCAGGUGCUUUAAAAACUCACCAACGCGUUCACACAGGAGAGAAGCCAUAUCACUGCUCACACUGUGGGAAGAGUUUUGCCAGUCUGAGUAUAUUAAAAGUACACAUGUGCAUUCACACAGAAGUGAAACCAUAUUGCUGUUCACAAUGUGGAAAGAGUUUUACACAACUAAGACAAUUAAAGACACAUCAGCAUGUUCACUCCGGUGAAAAGCCAUAUCAGUGCUCAGAGUGUGAUAAAAGUUUUGCUUGCAGUCUUUAUCUCAAAGAACAUGAGCGCAUUCACACAGGAGAAAAGCGUCAGUACUGCUCAUACUGCGGGAAGAGUUUUAGAGGCAUGUCGGAUUUAAAAGUUCAUGAGCGCAUUCACAUAGGACUGAAGCCAUAUGUUUGCUCACACUGUUGGAAGAGUUUUACACAUUUAAGUACCUUAAAUGUUCACAAACGCAUUCACACAGGAGAGAAACCAUAUCAUUGCUUAGACUGUGGGAAGAGUUUUGCGUAUUCAAGUUAUUUCAAAAAACACCAACGUAUUCACACAGGGGAAAAGCUGUAUCAAUGCUCACAGUGUGAGAAGAGUUUUGCAAAUGCAAGUUAUUUAAAAAAACACCAACAUGUUCACACAGGACAGAAGCCGUAUCAGUGCUCACAGUGCGAGAAGAGUUUUGCAAAUGCAAGUUAUUUAAAAGUACACCAACAUAUUCACACGGGACAGAAACCGUAUCAGUGCUCACAGUGUAAGAAGAGUUUUGCAAAUGCACGUUAUUUAAAAAAACACCAACACGUUCACACAUGAGAGAAGCCAUAUCACUGCUCUACUGACAGAAUAUAGACACAACAUGAUCAAGAACAAGUAACAAUUCUGUAAGCAACCGUUUGCAUACCUAUGGAGAGUGUUGCAUGGUACCAGUCAUAUGCCCUCACCAUUACAUGUGUUGGCGUUUUGUACUGCUUUUAAACCUCAGACAGUAGGUCAAAUGUUGUUGUCUUUCUUGUGGGCAAUUGAUAUUCAACUUUGCUUUGAAAUUUUGUGAGCUUUGAUUAAUUAGCAGCUUUUGAAAUGUUGAAGAAAGACCUUUGUACUGAUGGUGCUGGGGUAUGUGUAUGUGUGUGGAUGGGCUGCUAAGAGUCCUGCAACACCAGGUCAAGAGGAAGGUUGAGAUACUGAAAUCUGAGACUUGAAAACAGAAUUCAAGGUGAAGAGAAUUGCUAAUUGUGAAGAAAACCUCCCUGAGAUGAUAAAAAGAAGAACCCUUGAUUGGAUCCGGACUCAAAAAGGAAGCGAGCCAUUAUCUAGGUGACACCUUAAUAUGCUUCACUCAUUCAGUUGCAAACAUUAUUGAUAUUUUAUACUUCUGUUGAUUAUGGCUGUUAUAAAUAGUUUUUUUAGUUAAAUAAAUUCAUGCAUUUACUAAUAUCUUAAACAUUAGUGAUAUUGCAAUUGUCAUUUUGUAUUUUUUCUAUGCUUAUUUCUAUCUUUACCAACAGAUAAAUACUUGUAUCCCAGAAGUAUAUAUGUACUGAAUAAAAUGCUAUGUAUUUGAAACUAUAUGUUGCCUGAUUUUAUGUUAUAUAUUUGUUUAAUAAAAUUUAUUCCCAGUAAAACUUAAAUGUACUUUUGGAACAAAAUUUACAGGGCAGUUGGCAUAUCAUCUGUUUAUUAAAUGGACAAAAUGUAACUAAUCUGUCACUUAAACCUUUGUUUAGCAGCUUAUUUAGACAGCACUAAGACAUAAUAUUUAAAAAAAAAAAAAAGUUCAUUAUAGUGAACUUUUUAGUGAAGUUCGUUACUAUAAAUCAGAAAUACAGUAUACUGAAUACCAAAAAGUGAUAUUUUCCAUACAUUUAUUGUUUUUUUUUUCUUUUUUCUUUUUUUUUCUUUUUUUUUUUUUUUAACAGUGUAGCAUUUAUUUGAUAAAUGGGCCAAAAUAUGAUUAAUGUGCCAUUUAAACUUAAAUUUAGACAAUACUGGCAAAUUAAAACAAUAUUGAUCACAACUGGUACUGGGACUCAAAUUCCUCUAUAUUGUAGCAAACUAUUAAUUUAUUUGCUUUUGCUUGUCAUUGUGUGCAGUAAUGUCAAUGUUUCCUCCAUUUUAUUUUCAUUAAAUAUUACAGUAUUUUCUGAGUUGCAGUUGGCUGUAUUCUGCAAUAUAUAUCUGUUGUGCUUUACGCAUACUAGUUUGUCAUUAUAAACCUUCUCUUUUUCAUAAAAUAUGAAACAACAAUGUAGAAGUCAUUUUUGCAUACCUCAUACAUUGAGUUACAUUUUAGAUUCCUAAUUUUGUUCUCUACACUGAUAUAGGAACAAUCCAUCUAAUCACUUUGAUUGACCUGAUGGUUCUGUAUAAUAACUCUCUUUAUUUGAAUAUUGUGUCUUAUGGUAAGGUAGGAUUUGGACUUUUAUGUACUAUCGGCUUAACUCACUUUGUUGUAGAGUUGUGUGCUUUUGAAUUUUGUUAUAUUGUAUAGCAUUGUUGAUCUUAUAGUUCUGGUCUUUGCUUAGCAGUUCACUCAACUAAAUAAUAAGGAGUAGUUUCAGUCUCCCUUAAGUUGUGAAUUGUGAGCAAGGCUUACUCAUUUAAAUUGAAGGUUCUCUGAACCAGACACUAUUGUGUGUAGAAGUUUGUAAGUAUUCCCUAACGCAUUGUAAAUAAGUGGCUAGUACUGUGUUGAUCUAUUUUACCAAACCAUAUUUUAAAUCUCACUUUUGGUUGGCUGCAGAUAU